AUGGAGACCAAGUUGAAGAGCGCUAUCGUGGAACUCAAUGUCACAAAUAAAAUCAAAGACGACCUUCUCAACAAGAUACCGGCUACACUGGCCGCCUCAUGCUCUCAUGAGAAUGAGUGUAUUCGCCAUGUUCUAGGGUUCGGGCACGAGCGUUGGCCAAAGGGCAUCCCUCGGGAUGAGUGGGACAAGUUGUAUGGCUCGAUGCGGUGGUAUACCGAAGAGCAGUACAAGUCUGGCGUCCCCGCAGGCUCGAAGACGCACCACCCCGACCAUAACAUGCAUGGCCAGUCUUUCAUGGAAGACGAGUUGGGUGAGAUCGUGUCUAACGAGCUUGCGAAGAUCAUUCGGGAGUAUGUCAAGGCCCUUCUCAACUGCCUGCGGAUGUUCGGGCAAGCGACAGAGACAUUUGACGGUCUCGAUGCCAUGUCUCGCGGUUUUCUCUACGUCAACCUACUCACACGGUGGCCUUUUCUCGGGCUCUGCGACAAUGGCACAUGGAAGUUGGACGCGCUGAUCUUCGCGGUGUACAGAAACUGGGCUGAGAAGCAUGGAUUGACCAAGGCCGCUAAGGAGAAGGCUGCCAAGGCUGCUUCCCAGGCUGUAAAGAAGGAGGAGGAGGCGAGAUCGAAGGAGGCUGCCAAGCUCCUGGAGGUUGCGCUCGCAACGCUCAACCUGGACAAGGCUCAAUACCAUAUUGAGAAGCGAGAAUCUAUGACACCGGCGCCAACACCCGUGUCCGAACAAGAACAAGGCACAAAGACAUCCCAGGUAGCGCCCAUGCCGCUCCCGGCGGCACCAGGUGCCGUAGUUCCCACCGCGCCGCCUUCUUCCUUCGUGGAUGGGCAUCCCGAUACUGCCACCAUCUUCGCUCCCGCUGAUUCCAUCCCCAAACCUGUUGCCGUAGAUCCCUCCCUGCUCGCUGCGCUCGCACCCAUUGCUACCUCUGUUGCACAUUCGGCUGCACAUUUGGCAGAAGGUGUGGCGAAUGGGGAACAGAUGCAUGAUCUGGUGGAACAGGCAGGCGCGCCUGAGAAUGUUGCGGGUGCAUUCGUACAGCAGAAGACGGACACGCCGACCAUUGCGCCGCCACAACCUGCCCAUACUGCUCCGACAAACCCUCUACCCGAAACAGUACCGCACGCACGCGCUACCGACGCCACUCAACACCCUGCACCUGUCGCCCUACCGGGGUGCACAACCUCGAGCCCCGCAACUCAGGCCAGUACUCUCCCUGUCAAUCGUGGCAGGGUCCGCCCAGCACCUGGUGAUCCCGAGGAGCGCCCGCCCAAGAAGUUUAAAGGCCCUCUCCUCAAAGAUGACACGACACAGUCCCAGGCCAAAUCGGAGAGGGGAGAGUAUCUCAGGUCCCUUCAACAGGAUCCGAAACUCAGAGACACACUGACGAAGGCGGAGGCGCUCGAACGGUGGAAAACCGUUCAGGCAGAUCCCGCUCAACUCGAGCCUUGGAAGAAAGCGCUCGCGGUGUCUCGUGCCAAAGCAAAGGCCGAAAAGUCGAAGGGGACAGGGUGA